AUGGCAGAGGAGCUCGGACGCGAGGCGUACGCCCUCGAUGCCGCCCAGGCGACGCUCCAAGCUUGUGGCGGCCAGUCUCUGGACGCCUCGGUAUCCCGCUCCGCCUCCGAGAGUGUGCUCGGAGGAGAAGCCGCGCUCUGCCCGGUCCCCUAUCGCGGGGAGACUGGCGCGGCGCGCCGGCGGCGCAGUGAGGCCGCCCGGCGGGAGAGCUGGGGUUCCACGUCAUGCAGCUCGCUGGCCGCAGCGGCUGUGACACCAGUGACUCAGGACAACUACCUGAACGCCCUGCGCAAGCUCCUGGCGUGGAUGCGCGUGGCUAAGGCCUCCCGGCGCUUCCUGGCGUGCGAGUGGGGCCUGCUGCUGGAGCAGUACGUGGAGUUCCUGCACGACCGCGGGCUGCCGGAGGGGGAUGCCGCCAGCGCGCUGGCUGCGGUGCGCUGGGCGCUGCCCGAGCUGCCGCGCCCGCUGCGCCAGGGUCUGCCCCUGGCGACGGCUGCGGUCACAGGCUGGCGCCGGCUCGAGAAGCCGCUGUCGCGCCCGCCAGUCCCACGGUCGCUGGCCAUCCUGAUGGCCCUCUGGCUCUGCGCCGACGGCAAGGCGGACUACGCCCUCUUCCUGCUACCGACGUUCGAGACGUACAUGCGGCCAAGCGAGGCGCUCCGCCUCCUCGACCUACAGCUGGUGCCGCCCGUGCCGGGCGAGACGGGGGCGCGCCGCUUCCGGGCCAUCUUGAUCCGCGCGAGCGAGUUGGACGUGCAUGGCAAGACCGACGAGUUCGACAACAGCGUCGCCCUGGACCUGCCGCGCCACCGCCUGCUGGGGCCGGCGCUGCGCCAGUUGAAGGUCUGGAGCCGCUGCCUCGACGGCCUGGGCCCGAGGAUGCUGCUGGUGACGCUCUACUCCCUCGGGCGCGGGGGGGCCUCGGAGGACGUGUCCUCCCUGUCGCGGGCGCUCCUCGACGUGCGGAAGAGGGUCGGGUGGCGCUCGUUCCAGAGCGCGCGGCGCUACGACAAGCACGCCAGGCUGAGAAUGAUGAUGCGCCGCAUCCCCGCGCGGCUGCGCGAGGAGGGCUACGCCUGCAUCGCCUUUGACGAGCUGCAAGGACCGCACUUUGACCUCGGCCGGCGCGAUGUGGUGGCCGCGAUCGCGGGCUGGAUGCGCGCGGGAUUGGUGUGGGCGCUGUGGUUUGCGACGCCGUGCGUCACUGCGACUCGAGCUCGCGCGGACAGGUCGGGUCGCGUGCCGCCUCCGCUGAGAUCUUCUGAGCACUAUCGAGGCCUGCCAGAUCUGUCUGUCCGCCACCGCGCCAAGGUGCGCGAUGCCAAUAGUUUGAUCGACGCGGGAGGAAGCACGGUGGUCGAGCAGCUCGACAGGGCCCAGCUCCGUUUCCGCGAUUCAGUGUUUAGUGUGCCCGUGACCGUCACCGUCCCAGCGAAGGUGGGCCAGUCGGUCGUGACGCUGCUCGACCUCGGCCUCGGCGCCAUGUCCCGCGGCGGCGCCGCGGGCGCCCUGGAGGCGUUCAAGGGCGCAGCGAACGUGGCGCCGCUGGGUGGUGCCGCCGACUGUGGCGGCGCGGCACGGCCAGCAUGCCCAGCGGCGCCCGAG